AUGUGUGGACAAAGAGUUCAAAUUUUUGGUUUUGUACAUCGCUGUCGACAACAAAGAAAGGACUUGAUAGUUGUUCUUCGAGAUGGGACUGGCUUUUUGCAAUGUGUUCUGAGUGGAGUACUUUGCCAAACUUCUGAAGCUUUAACAUUGACUACGGAAAGCUCUGUUUGCAUAUACGGAACGGUUUGCUUCUUUCUCUUUAAUUUAUUCACUAGAGUUGGACGAGACCGGUUAAAUGUCUCGUUUAUUUUUUCCUAUGGCGGGUCUUUUUUCUUUUUCCUUUUUUCUUUUUUUACCCGCCGCAGGGAAUACCGGUCUCAUCCACCUCUAUUAUUUACCUUAAAUCAGGUGAACAAACCCCCUAAAAGAAAGACGGCCCCAGGUGGUGUAGAACUCGUUGCUGAUUUUUGGACUUUAAUUCAUGGAGCACCGCCCGGUGGGAUUGACAAUGUGUUAAAUGCUGAGGCAAAUUCUGAUGUUAAUCUGGACAAUCGUCAUUUGUGUAUUAGAGGAGAAAAUUGUUCUGAAAUUCUUCGAAUCCGAGCGGCCGUAACGCGUGCAAUAAGGGAACAUUUUUAUUCUCGCAAAUAUGUCGAAGUAUGCCCUCCAACACUUGUUCAAACGCAGGUUGAAGGAAGCUCUACAUUUUUUUCCAUUGACUUUUUUGGUGAACAGGCUUAUUUAACUCAAUCGUCGCAGCUUUAUUUGGAAACAUGCAUUUCUUCUCUGGGAGAUUGUUAUUGUAUAGCGCAGUCUUAUAGAGCGGAGAAAUCUCGAACGAGUCGACAUUUGGCUGAAAACUCUCAUGUUGAGGCAGAAUGUCCAUUUAUUACUUUUGAAGAAUUGAUGAAUAAAAUUGAGGAUCUUGUUUCUGAUGUAGUUGAGAGGGUUUUGAGUGAUCCUGAAGUUUCUAAAUUAAUAUUACAACGAUGGAAAACGUCAAAGAAAAAAUUUCCUUCAUUUAAACGUCCUUUUCUUCGAAUGACUUAUGCUGAUGCAAUUGAAUGGCUGCGCAAAAAUAAUGUGAAUAACAAAGAAGGGAAGCCUUUUAAUUUUGGAGAAUUCAUUCCACAGGGUUCUGGACGACAAAUGCUUGAUACAAUUGGACAGCCAAUCUUGUUGAAUCGUUUCCCAGCUGGCACCAAAGCUUCUCGUUGUGAAGAUGAAGACAUGAACACUUCUCGUUGUGAAGAUGAAGAAGGAAAGAAGAAGAAUUUGACAGAAUCUGUAAAUUUCUUACUGCCUGGAAUUGGAAAAGUUGUUGGUGGUUCAAUGAGGAUUUGGAAGGAAAAGGAAAUUUUGGAAGCUUUUAAAAUAACCAAUGUGGACCCUAAACAUUAUUAUUGGUAUGUAGACCAAAGGAAGUAUGGUGGAUGCCCACAUGGAGGUUUUGGACUUGAAUUGGAACGGUUUGUUUGUUGGUUAGCUAAUCAAGACCAUAUAAGGGAUGUUUGUUUAUAUCCUCGAUUUAUUGGACGAUGUGCCCCAUAA